GGAGUGCGCUGCGAUUUGCUUUCCGCUUUUUUGAACCUUGAGGUUUACCGUAGGAAUGUUUGGUGGAGUAGUGAGCACGCGUAGGUUGUAGUUUUUUAGGAUGGCAUUGUCCUAUAGCCCGAAGCGGUGGUGCGGGAUUGUUAAACUACAACUCCCAGAAGGCCUCACGCGCGGUCGUUGUGCGACCCCCGGACGGAGGUGGAAGCUGAGGCCUGGAGCCGGCAGCAGUGGGAUCGACCAGGGUUUUAAUCAGUAUUCUGAAUUAGUUAAUUAGUCACCAUUAAUAUGGGGUUUGAUUCGAAUAUAUUAGUUUCCUGUUGGUGACACCUAGCAUCUGGAAGAACAGUUUCUGCUGCAGUUCUUGAAGAAUGAAUAUCAACCGCUUCACACCUUUUGGGUACUCUGCUAGGCUGAAUACACAGAAUUUAAGAGGGCACCACAUGCUUACUCAUCAUCUACAGAGCUUUGGCAGGAGUUGCAUUGCCCGCUCAGAGAUCCCGCAUUGGUUCCAUAGGACCUCGUUCUUUCCCUGUCCUCGGUGGCCAUCCAGUUUUGCUCCUGAAACUUUAAGCCUGCAUGGUUUUGGAAAUUACUUCCCAUUCCACUGGAGACCACCUUUUCAUUGGAGACCACUUUGUCAUAGUAACCCACUGGUCACCUUUCACAGUGAUUCAUGGACAGGAGGCAGAUCUUUACACCAAGGCUUGAGUUCUUACUCAAUAAAUCAAUCACCUGGUUGUUCCAUGGAGCUAGUUGACAGUCAACCUCAAACUAAACGAAGAAAGUAUUCCCAACCAAAUCAGGAAGAACGGAGCCCUACAGAAUCAGAAAAUGGAAGUCGUGCAACUUACAAAAAUACUGGCUGUGUUACUUUUCCUGGAAAUGAAUUGGAAAAUUCAUAUGUCUCCAACGUGAUUGAAGAUCAAGAAACUCAGUGCACAAAAGUAGGGGCAGUGCAUAGGAAAUGGGAGGAUUUUACUUCAUUAUACAAGAGCGACCAAGGUACUAGUGAAUCAAAAGAUGCUUCGAAUGGAAAACAGAAGGAAGGUUUUGAUUUUUCAGUGAUGUCGUACAAUAUUCUGGCACAGGAUUUGUUGGAAGACAAUAGUCAUUUGUAUAAACAUUGCAGUCAGUCCUUGUUGCAAUGGGGAUUCCGAUUUCCCAACAUCCUUAAGGAACUGAAACAGUUGGAUGCAGAUAUCUUAUGUUUACAAGAAGUUCAGAACAACCACUACAGGCAACAGUUGAAACCAAUACUGGAAUCACUGGGUUAUCAUUGUGAAUACAAAAUGCGAACAGGAAACAAGAGGGACGGCUGCGCUAUUUGCUUUAAAAGAUCAAAGUUUUUGCUCGUCUCGGCUAGUCCAGUAGAAUUCUAUCGCCCUAAGAUUCAAGUACUAGACAGAGACAAUGUAGGACUGGUACUACUGCUGCAACCAGUUCUUCCACAAUCUGCUGCCUUUCUGUGUGUGGCAAACACUCAUCUCUUGUAUAACCCACGACGGGGAGAUGUCAAGCUGGCGCAGCUUGCAGUACUCUUAGCUGAAAUUAACAAAUUGGCAGCUGAUGGGAAAGGUGGAUAUUGGCCGAUAAUCCUGUGUGGAGACUUUAACGCCGUGCCUGAUUCUCCAUUAUACAACUUCAUUAGGAAUGGGAAGCUGGUUUAUGAUGGACUUCCAAUUGGAAAGGUAUCAGGUCAGGAGCAAAGUCACAGGGGCCAGAGAGCUUUGCCAAAGCCACUUUGGCCUCCAAGUCUUGGAAUUUCGCCAGCCUGUCAAUAUGAAACAUUGAAAUGUCAACAAAUGCUAAAAGACACAGAUGCUGUGGACAAUUCAGAAGAAUUAAAGGAUGCCACAAGUCGGAAGAAUUUUCAUUUGGAUGAAAAGAUUCCCUCUGCCAUCCAACACAACUUCCGGCUAAUGUCUGUGUACUCCCAUUAUGUAACAGACAGUGGUAAAGCUGAAGUCACCACCUGUCAUUCCAGAUCUGCUGUCACUGUGGAUUAUAUUUUUUAUUCAGCAACAAAACACAAUGCCUCUGCAAACUCAGGAGGAGGUCCCCAUGAUGGUUCCUUGCAGCUUCUUGGAAAACUCGCUCUGCUUACUGAACAAGAUCUAUGGACUGUAAAUAGAUUGCCCAAUGAAAACAGCUCAUCUGAUCACCUCCCUUUGUUAGCAAAAUUUAAACUUUGACAUGAUAAAAGCUGCCUGAUGAUUUCUUCCUUCUGCACCUAUUCAGUAUCUGAUCCAAAAUUAUACAUUGUGGGGUAAAGAAAAUUGUGUAUCAUUUUUCACUUUUGAUAAAUUUCUGUCUGAAAAUUGGAAAUAAGUCUAUUUUUGAUCUUUUAUAAACACUUGUGUAAUAAUGCUGUACAAACUUUACUGUUGUUGAGUACGAUGAGAACAAGUGCAAAGGCGUAAUUCACAAUACUAGAGGAAUGCCUGUCAUUGUGCCAAAAAAUAGGAAGAGUACAUUAUUCAAUUUAUUCAAUAUUGUUAAUGUUAAAAUAUUGCCAGAAUCUUUUAGUGUUUGGCAAGAGCAAAGAAAGAGUUGCUUGGUUUGGCACUAGACAGUGAGCACAGUGAAGAGAAAAUACCAAGGAGAUGGGAUUCAGCUGGCAAAUGGGAUGUAGGUCAAAACCUUUUACAGGUUGCAGUUGGAAGCAGGAACUUUGUGGAACCAGACACAAAUUUGGAUGAUGGAAUGGAUAGGACAGUAAGUGGAACAGGGAUAAUGUGAAUGAGACUGAGUAAGAUGAAUGGAGACUGAGUUGCCUUACCAUCUCAUCAUUCUGUAUCAUGAAUCUCUUCUUUCAUCACUGCCCCCACCCCCAUUUAACUAUCCCUUUCAAAAAAUACUUUGGAAAAAAUAUUGUCAUCUAUUAGCAUAGAACCUGAAAGACUAAAGAAGUCUAUGUACUUCUCUCCAAUUAAGUCAAUGAUGAGAAGAAUCAUUUUCAGGUGUAACCUUAGCUGGGUAGUAGUAUUUGAGGCAGUAGGUCAGAUGAUCAUGGGGUUCAAGUCCCAGAGUGGAGAUUCAAAGGAUAAUCUAAGCUGGCACUUCAUUACCUGACUAAGAGAGUGCUACAUAUUUGGAAGUGCUAUCUUUUGGAGGAGAUACUAAAAAGAGGCCCUGUAUGUUGUCGGUUAGGUGGAUAUAUCCCACAGAACUGUUUGAAGAUCAGUAUCCAUGUCGAUAAUUUAUACUACAUUUAACACAAGUCUGGUCCUGUGUGGAAUUGAUGCAUAAAAAUUGGCUACCAUGUUUUGUACAUUAAAACAAUGGUUACACUGUUGUUUUAUUUAUGUUUUAAUUGUAUUUCAGAAACUGUAAAAUGCUUUGUGACAUGAUGAAAGCACUAUAUAAAUAUGAGUUACAUCAUGUUUC